GCCAUGACGUGAGAGAGGAUUGAGAGGAAGGGAAAAACAAGAACAUGAUCAACAUCAUUCUUGUGGCUGUUGUUGUGGUCGCGCCUCUUAUAUUAUUUCUCUGGCGGCGGCGGAGGAAUCGAUUUCCCUCCGCCGCAUCUCCACCCACCUCCGAUUCUUCCACUUCUAACUUGAGAACCUCAAAAUUUGUGACAGAUGCAGAUUUGAAGUUUUUAGUGGAAUUUUUGGAUGAGAAUCUCAACAAGAGUGAUAAAUGGCAGGAUGUUAUAGACAAAAGAAACCAAAAUCUAUGGUACAAUGCAAAAUGCUGCAAGCCUGAGAAUGGUCCCCUGACAUAUUUGAGCGUAACUGUGUUCAAUGGUAUUUCGUCUGAGAUGCUAAGAAACUUCUACAUGGACAAUGAUUACAGAAAGCAGUGGGAUAAGACAGUGGUUGAGCAUAAUCAACUGCAGGUGGACGAAUCUGAUGGUACUGAAGUUGGUCGCACAGUUAAAAAGUUCCCUCUUUUGAAGCCUAGAGAAUAUGUGCUAACAUGGAAGUUGUGGGAGGGGAGGGAUAAUUUUUUUUACUGUUAUAUGAAGGAAUGUGAGCAUCCUUUGGCGCCACGGCUGAGAAAAUAUGUACGAGUUGAGUUUUACAGAUCUGGCUGGCGAAUAAGACAAAUACCUGGUCAAAAUGCCUGUGAAAUUACAAUGUUUCAUCAAGAAGUUGCUGGUUUGAAUAUGGAGAUGGCAAAACUGGCUUUUUCCAAGGGCAUAUGGAGUUAUGUAUGCAAGAUGGACAAUGCACUUAGAAGUUACUCUGCUAUAAGCGGCCAAUUAUCAAGUUCAGUUACUACUUCAGUCAAUUUACUGCAAAAGGUACCGGCUUGGUUGGACUCUAGUACGAGAAACAUAUCUCCAGCACAUCGUACUACCAUCCAUGAUCAUGUUACUAAUGAAUCUGAAGCGCGUGUGAUCUCAAGAAGGCCAUCCAGAAAGUUGCUAGCCAAUGGAUUACUGCUUCUCGGGGGUGCAGUAUGCCUGUCUCGUGGUCACUCUAGCUUAGGAGCUAAAGUUGCCAUGGCAUACAUCUUAACAAAACUCAGUAAGCAUGGUGCUGCAUCAAACCAAAGAAAACAAAGUUGAGUUUCACGUGUACAUACUCAUACAUUAUACACAGGGAGAUUAGGAUUCUCUUGUGUUUCUCUCUCUCUGCAUAAACAUUCGGAGAAUCUCACCUAUUUAAUACAUAUGAUUAUGAAUAGAGAGAUAGACACAAAAUACUAACAUGACAGUCAUGGAAAAUCAGGAUUGGUUGAAAGUAUAUGUUGCAAGUAUUUAAUAUUUACACCAGUUACUAACUUUUCACUUUCUAUUGAAUAUGAAGUUAAUCAAUUCCAGCA